UCGCAAAUGUCAUGAAACCAUCCCUGACAGCCUUGCGACUGAACGGUGAAACUAUGAACUUCUGAGGUACGCAUGUUCUCAGUGCCGGAAUUUUUGUUGGCGUUCCAUAGAAUAAGAACUUUUGAAUUAGAGGAGCUCUAUUUCUGCGGCUAGAUAAUUUUUUGAAUCAACAUGUCGGACGAAGAAAGGCCGCCGGCCCCUCCUAUGCGUCUUACUUCCACGAAAGAUUCUUCCAUGUCGCCUGCUUCGAAGCCUUUGCCGAGUGCUCCUGUUGAUGAGAAGAAGAAGAAAGCAGCCACAUUUCGGUUCUUUAAGGGCGACGAGAAAUAUUCGAAGAAAAAGCCAGAGAUCUCCUACCCGACUCAGUUCGAGCACACGAUUCACGUGGGUUUCGAUCCAGUGACGUCUGAAUUUACGGGAAUGCCUGAAGCAUGGGCAAGACUACUUCACACUUCAAACAUCACUCAAGCUGAGCAGAAGAAGAAUCCUCAGGCUGUUCUUGAUGUCUUGAAUUUUUAUGAUGGGGGAAAGUAUCAAGCAGAAACAAAUGCUAAAUUUAUGACAGUGUCAAAGCCUUACGGUCAAACAGCGACACGCCCUGAGAUUGGUGACCACACUUAUGCUCCACCCCUCCCUCCACAUGCCACUCCAACACCUACAUUGGCAGCAGAGAAUCAUAGUGAGCGACCAAAUAAUUCUGAACCAGAAGUGCCACCAGCAAUUCCAUCAAGGCCAGAACACACUAAGUCUAAGUACAUUCCUAAUGAAGUUUCUACAAAGCCAGCAGCUAAAGAAGAGGAAACUCCAAAAGGGCCCACAAAUGAUCAACCAAGAGCUCAAACGAGAGACAGGAAGAAGAAAAAGAUGUCUGAUGAGGAGAUCCAUGCUAGACUUCGUACCAUAGUUAGUGUUGGUGAUCCAAAAAGGAAAUAUACAAAGUUUGAAAAGAUUGGGCAGGGGGCAUCAGGUACAGUGUACACAGCAAUUGAAGUGGCUACAGGACAUGAGGUGGCUAUUAAACAAAUGAACUUGUCCCAGCAACCAAAGAAGGAGUUAAUUAUCAAUGAAAUUCUUGUGAUGAGGGAGAACAAGCAUCCAAACAUUGUGAACUAUGUGGAUAGUUAUCUUGUAGGAGAAGAAUUAUGGGUUGUAAUGGAGUAUUUAGCAGGAGGCUCUUUAACUGAUGUUGUCACAGAAACAUGUAUGGAUGAAGGACAAAUUGCUUCUGUUUCAAGAGAGUGCCUCCAGGCCCUUGAGUUCCUGCACAGCAAUGGAGUCAUUCAUAGGGACAUUAAGAGUGAUAACAUUCUCCUUGGAAUGGAUGGGCAAGUCAAGCUGACUGAUUUUGGUUUCUGUGCUCAAAUAACUCCAGAGCAGUCCAAACGUUCCACAAUGGUAGGCACACCUUACUGGAUGGCACCUGAAGUAGUCACAAGGAAACAGUAUGGUCCAAAGGUGGAUAUAUGGAGUUUAGGAAUUAUGGCAAUUGAAAUGGUUGAAGGUGAACCGCCAUAUUUGAAUGAAAAUCCUCUCAGGGCUUUGUAUUUGAUAGCUACAAAUGGCACUCCAGAGCUAGCGCAUCCUGAUAAAUUAUCUCCAGUUUUUAAGGAUUUCCUUGCACAGUCACUGGAAAUGGAUGUAGAUAAAAGAACUGGUGCUAGGGAGCUUCUCCAGCACCCAUUUUUAAAGCAAGCCAAGCCGUUGGCAAGCUUGGUUCCUCUAAUUCUGGCAUCGAAAGAAGCCAGCUCAAGAAACUCAUAAAUGAAACUGUCAAUCAACAAUUAUCCAGCUUAGAUAAUAAAGCGGACAGAAAUUCUUUAGAGUUUAUUUUUUACACAAAAUUUUAUUUUUUAUUGGUUAAUUUCAGUGGCGAGACUUGUAGGUUUUUCAUUUGUUGUGUCUUUAACGUGUACAGUAACAAAAAAAUUGCGUUUUAGUUUUUUUUUUCUAAUAGUCUAUUCUGUAAAUUUUAUUCAAUAUUUUAGCGCCUUUGAGGAUCGUCGAAAAAUAGUUGAGUUUUCAUAGAAUCCUCGUUGUCUAUAUGAAAAUCUUCGAGAUAUUCAUUAAUAUUACCAAAUAAUUUAAAUUUUGAAAGAGUAGGAGAAUAACUACAGAGUUCCUACUACUGGUAGAGAAUUGCAGUACAGGUAUUCUAGCCACGAUUCACCAGCUUAUACCUGUUCUAUACCAAUUAAAACCGGUCUAAAAACGAA